AUGGGGAAUUGCCUCGAUUGCUUAAGUCCACAACCAGAAGUGGAAAAUCCCGAUCCAGUGAGUAUUAAUGUAUGUCGUUGCUGAUCUGACAGUCCAAUGAGUCAGGAUCUAUGCAUAUUGUGUGAAAGCUUGUUAAGGUUAUGCUAAAGUAAGAACUUAAACUUAGGGCUCACUUUUGAUUAACCAAUUCUAAAAAAUACCCUAUAUCAAAAUAUAAUUUUAGAGGUUAAUGAAAAAAUAUUUUUAAAAGCUUUAAAAAAAAAGCAAACAAAUAGUGGAAAAGGUAUUGAUCAGAUCUGUCAGGUUUUAAGAUACAUCGUCACCCGGCAUGUACCUAAGUUAAAAUAUAAGCUUACUCUAUAUUUUUUAAUCUCUCUUAAUCGCUCUCAAGAAAAAAAAAAUCUUUGUCAAAACUCUCCUACCCUUAUCCAUUCUGAUUCUAAUUUCAAGUUGUGUAUUAUCUUCAAAGGGCAUGAACAUCACGACAGUAUGAAAGGGAAAUAAUGUGCGUGUUAUUUUAUUGUACUUUCAUUGUAGUUACUGUUAUGUUAAGCCUUGGGACUAUUAAAAAUAAAUUACUUUCCGCAUUUCAGGUAUCUUUGAUGCAAUAGACCUUAUUCACGACCCGCCAUCUUUACACAUGCUAAAGGACUGAUGGAAAAAGAACAAUGUCACAUGGUUUCUCAGGGGGCAAACAAAUGAUAAAAGCUGCCAAUACAAGAAAUCACCGUCAAGUUUGUUUAUGUUAUCAAAACAAGACAACUACUUAAUAGUACAGCAAAAGUACAUUUUGAGUUUCGACAACAUUAAGAUUUACAUAAUUAUUGUUUGCUGGGAGGACAUCUACAGUCACUACAGCAUCCAGAGUAGUAACAAUGAUUACUUCUACCCAUAAUUUGCCAUUAUCGUCUUUAUUAUGAAAAGUUGUUGAUUUUGUGUUGUCUAGAUUAAACAAACUCGACGGCAAAUUCUUGCAUUGGCAGCUUUUAUCAUUUGUUUGCCCCCUGAGAAACCACGUGACAUUGCUAUUUUCCUACCAGUCCUUUAGCGCAAGCAAAGAUGGCGGGAAUCAUGAAUAAGGUCUAUUCUUGUAUUUUUUUUGUAGGAAACUAGAAGGCGUCAACAAGAGGAGGCUGCAUUAAGACGGCAACAACAAGUGAGAGAGACCAUUAUUCCAUAGCCUGGAAAACAGCGAUCUCUCCUUGCUCCUCUCACCUCUAGGCACAUUUGCCAGGAAAAGGGACAUCUGCUCGUCAGCGGCAGAAAUUCCAUACUGAUGAUGUAAAUUAUUGUUUACAUAAUAAAUCUGGUAGUCAUGGGCUUCCAAAUCUAAAUCCAUUUGAUUUAUGUUUCUCCUGGUCAAUUAUCAUAAAGUUUUGUUUUCUGCUGUGAACAAGCUCAAAUGUUUCUUCUAAAGAGGAAUAUAUUCCACAAAUAUUGCCUUUUUUGUAGUAGACUCAGUGUGUUUACAUUUGCCUUUUUGUCACUGUUUGCCUUUUAUCUGUCAUUUGUUAACAAUAGCUAAAACAAUAUAACUAUGCUGUUGAUCAAUCAGAGCUCCUGAUCAGAUUCUGGACAGAUUUUACAUCAUCAGUCUGGAAUUUCUUUUGCUGCGACGCCGUCAUCCCUCCUGGUGAAACGUCCCUAGUAAUGAGGGGCGAGGAGAGGUGGCUGUUUUCAUAGGCUAAUUAUUCUGGUAUUUCAGUAUUCAACAUUGAUUUACCGUUUUCUGCCAUUGUACAGCAUCACCAUAUUUCGCAAAGAUUUCAGAGGGCAACCAAGUGCGGUAAAUUUUCGCGUGCUGCAUGGGAGUUAGAUGUUGUGCUAAACUCGAGACAAUAGGAAGUCCCAGAGCAAAAACUUAGCCAGAUAUAUGACAUGGCUUCAAUAUUUACUCAUUUUUUUGCCCAUGUAAGACAACUUUAGAAGUUUUCAAUUGACACGAAAUUCAGGGAUUUAAUAGUACACGGAUCAAUUACUGUACUAAAAAAGUUUUGAAAAAAUCUAACGUCGAAUUUUGUUUUAAUUGCUGUUUUUGUGAAAGUAGCCUUAGAAUUGCAAAAAGAGCUCAGCAUUGUGUUUUACCCUGAUUUAUACAUUUUCAUGUGUUUCAAAAUCGCGCAAGUGUACUUGCAUUCAGCGGCUUCUUGAGUGUAAAAGGGUCAUUUGCAAAACAAAUGAGUGAUAAAACCUUUUCGGAAACAUGCAAAAUGUAGCAAAUAACUUAUACCCUUUUUAUAGAAAUUCCAAGAUAUCUUGAAAUUCCUCUUAUAGAUUUUUUUGAAACUUCACACAGCAGAAGACAUUUAUCCAAAGAAUACGUAGUGUAAAGCAUUUCAAAAGAAAAUGCCGAACAGGGCUGAAAUUCGAUUUAGAGCUAAAACCAUUGUGACGUCAUUGCCAUGUGACAUUUAUUCCAAUCGCCCAAAAAAUAAUACCAUGAUAAAGUUCACUGUAUUAGUAAAUCCAUGUCAUAAUCAUUUGCAAUACAGAUAGAUUUGUUUAAGUAUAAGAGAUUCAAAGAUGGAGGAUGUGCCUAUGAAAUACUGGGUUGAGCCACCUUAACACUAAGUAGUCUACAAGUGUCCAUGCAAGGGCUGAUCCAUACUCGUUUGCCUUUUGGGAUUUCUGUAAUUAUGUGGAUGUGGACUGUGCCUGUAUGUACAAAUUAUGUUAUUUUUGCAACGAAAAUAAAUUUAAGUAGGUUGAUUGAAUUAUGUCAUCAUAAAUAUUUACUAGUAAUUUAUAGUAUCAUAUAAUUUUUUUAUUUUAAUCAGUGUUACGACCUUUUACAAUAAUUAAUUAUAACAUUACCUUGGCACAGUUUGGAUUGAAGCUGAAAUCAACUCCAAUGACUAAAUUCUUGUGAAAAUUUGAAAUCAAUUCCAAAUGAUUUCUGUGAAUUGUUCCGGGAGUCCAAGAUUAAACAACAUAUCUACCAUACUGGCCAUUUUUCCAAAGUCCAAUGCACGUGAUUUUUCGUACCCUUAUUUAAGCGAAUUUCCAAAAAGAAACCGACUACUGAACUUUACCAAAGAUUCCCAAAAAUGUUCCUAGAAUGUAGCAGUGGGAAGCACCAAAUCUAAGUGCCAUCCUGCCAAGAUCACGCACAUCUUAGGAGAUUACAGAGGGGAGGUAUCAUGAGCCAUUAGCUAAUAACUUAGGAUUCAGAUGUGACAUUGAUCACCAUUCACUGGACUAUUUUGGGUAGAAUUGAUUCACCUUGUCACAUCAAUGGUCAGCGGACAAGUCAUCCAGAGUUAAGAGUAAUGCAUGUGAAAUUGAUCUAUAUGCAUGUGGUUGACCUUUUGGAUUCACAGGUGUGUGACACACACUUAAUGCAUGUGAGCUGGCAGGUAUAAUUAAUCAACACUUCUCUGUUGUGUUAAGGCUGAUAGUCGUGGAGUUAAAGAUCCAGAGAGACUUAAAAGACAGCAAAAAAGAAUAGAGGAAGCUGAGAAACAAGCACUAAAACAAGGCCCAUCAGAGGGAGGAUUAAAGGUGAACAUUGAGACUUUUUGGGUGUUUUCUUUAUUUUCCAUACUGUCAUCUCUUGAUAUGCAAUCAAUCCUAUCACUUUUUGUAUUAUAAUAAUAAUGAUAAAUUAUAAUAAUUAUAAUAAAUGUAAUUUAGCACAGGUGACCUCUUCAGCAUAAAAUGCUGAUAUCAAUGUGGGCCCAGUGGAAAAAGAAAACAACUGACCUAAAUUUUUUGUGCAUCACAAACCAACUUUGCAUUCAGUAUCUAUUUCAAGAGUAGAUAUACUGUCAACCCUUUACACAUGACACACGUUUUCACCAGUGACACCUCACUCAAACGUCAGAUCCCCAAAAGAUUCAGAACCCACGACUGUCUUGAAAACUCAGACUCAAACUUUGUUUGCCAGUUACAGUACGAAAACUGCAAAAACUUGAAAAUUAUAUCUCAGGAAUGUUUAUUGUGUUAUGACCAAUCACAGCAAAGAUCAGGACAUGCGAACUAUAGCCACAAAACCACAAACUAAUUAACGUUAUGGCUUGCAGUUCAGUUUUCUCACGCCUGAUUGGCUUUUUUCUUGCAACACAAAAACAUUCCAGAAAUACUUCUGGUGUUCACAGUUUUCCCAGUUUGACUGUAAUAAUAUAUUGACACUUAAGAAAAAAUGGUGCAUAUUGUGCAAGAAUCUAGACACUGACGGUAAUAAAAUUACUGUUAUGGCCAAGUGUGUAACUUGUUUGUUUUAGUGAUGACCAUGUCAUGACAUGGUAAAACUACAUGUAUCACAGGCUGAACUGUGUUGAAUUCUCCCAGCUCCCUCUCAUGUUUGUACCACUGUAAAGGCUAUGCAAACACAGAGAAAGUUUACUAUUGCUUAAUGGCAAGAAAGAAAAUGAUGAAACAAGAUUAAGUGUCUCUGUUUGAUUUUUAAUUUAAUAAAUAAAUCAGUGAUUGAAAGAAGCUGGUAUUCUUUAAUACUUGCCCUUUGGAAAAGUAGUCCUCAAACUGCGGCAGUUGUGUUUACGUUUCAGUAAUAUUAAUAGAUUUGCCAGGGCCUUUGCCCAAGGGGUAAGAGAUGAGUUUCCAUUUUUUCGAGCCCAGUUUGUUCUCCUCAUUAACUAAUUAAAAGUACCAUGAUUAGAAGGGAGACCAGCACAGAGAAUAUUCUUAUUGGUAUCAGUGUCACCGAAGGUUAAAAAUUAGAAGCUGUCUUCAUGUUAAUGAUGGAAGUAACAAUAUUUUAAUCUGACUCUUUUUCUCUUUGCAGUGGACUGUUGGCUGA